AUGUUUUGGAGCCCCACCCUUCACAGCAGUGGGAAAACAAAAGCCACUUGCCUAGAAAGAGCAGUUCCUGAUUUUGCAAGGACUGCCUGUAUAACAUACUCUCGACAAGGAGGCACCAUACUGCACAGGCAAUAUACUUUGUGUCUGUUCCUUUUGCAAGAGGACGAACCAUCUGCAAACUUUUGGCAACUGGAAGAGGCUAUGAUCCCAAACCUCACAUUUCUGCUUUGUCUUGGACUGAGUCUGGGCCCCAGGAACCAAGUGUUGGCAGGGGGCCUCUCCAAACCCACACUCAGAGCUGUGCCAAGUAAUGUGGUAACCACUGGGGAGAAGGUAACUCUAAUUUGUGAAGGCCCCUUAGAUGCCCAGGAAUACAAGCUCUAUAAAGAAGGAAAUCCAGAUUUCCAGAUACCAACAGCUUAUGAAGACAUUGAAAAAAAUAACAAGAUCAUUAUCUCCUCCAUUAGCAGUCAGGAUGCAGGCCAAUAUCAGUGUUAUUAUAAACACCCUAAUGGCACAUCAGAACACAGUGACACCCUGGAGCUCUUGGUGACAGGAGUCUACUCCAGCAAAGUCACCCUUUCAUCCCUGCCCAGCCCUGUGGUGACCUCAGGAGGUGAUGUGACUCUUCAGUGCUCCUCACAAGAGGAAUACAACAGUUUCAUUCUAAUGAAGGAAGAUCAAAAAUUUUCUAGUGCCAUGGCCUCACAGGACACAUACACUGGUAUAUUCCAGGCCCUGUUCACAGUGGGUCCUGUGACUCCACAACAGAGAUGGAGAUUCACAUGCUAUGGCUAUUACCUGAACAGCUUACAGCUGUGGUCAGUACCCAGUAACAGCCUAGAACUCCUGGUCUCAGGGUCCCUCCACAAACCCAACAUCUGGGCUGAGCCAGGCACUCUGAUCACAUUAGGGAGUCCUGUCACCAUCUGGUGUGAGGGGACCAGAGAAACCAAAAUAUAUGUGCUACAUAAACAGGGAAGUCCAGAACCCUGGGACAGACAGACCCAAAGGGAUCUCAACAAUAAGGCAAAAUUCACUAUCCCUUCUGUGACAAAAAUGCAUGCAGGGAAUUUUCACUGUUACUGUUACAACUCUGCUGGGUGGUCACAAAACAGUGAUACCUUGGAGCUGGUGGUGACAGGAGUCUAUCCCAGCAAAGUCUCCUUGUCAGCCCAGUAUAGCCCUGUGGUGACCUCAGGAGGGUAUGUGACCCUUAAGUGUUUCUCACAGCAUGGAUAUAACAGGUUCAUUCUAAUUAUGGAAGAUGAGAAAUUCUCCAGGCCCAUGGAAUCACAGUAUACAUACUACAGGGACUUCUGGGCGCUGUUCAAAGUGGGUCCUGUGAAUCCCCAAAAGAGAUGGAUUUUCACAUGCUAUGGCUGUUACUGGAACAGCCCUCAGCUGUGGUCAGUACCCAGUAACCAUCUAGAGCUCCUAAUCUCAGGGACCCUCCACAAACCCACCAUCUGGGCUGAUCCAGGCACUCUGAUCAACUUAGGGAGUCCUGUCACCAUCUGGUGUGAGGGGACCAGAGAAACCCAAAUGUAUGUGCUACGUAAAGAGGGAAGUCCAGAACCCUGGGGCAGACAGACCCAAAGGGAUCACAACAAUAAGGCAAAAUUCACCAUCCCAUCUGUGACAACACUGCAUGCAGGGAAAUAUCACUGUUAUUCUUACAACUCUGCUGGGUGGUCAGAGCGCAGUGAUACCCUGGAGCUGGUGGUGACAGGAACCCUCAAAAAACCCAGCAUCUCGGCUGAGCCAGGCUCUGUGAUCACCUUAGGGAAUCCUGUGACAAUCUGGUGUGAGGGAACAAUGGAAACUCAAAUAUAUUUCCUGUAUAAAGAAGGAAGCCCAGCACCCUGGGAAAGAUUGACUGUACCAGUGCCUGAUCACAGGGUCAAGUUUUUCAUCCCAUUCAUGGGAGAAAAUAAUGCAGGGCGAUAUCGUUGUUACUGUUUUAACUCUGCUGGGUGGACACAACACAGUGACUCCAUGGAGCUGGUGGUGACAGGUGUCUACAACAAACCAACCCUGUCUGCACUGCCAAAACCUGUUGUAACCUUAGGAGGAUCUGUGACCCUUUCAUGUACCUCAAAUCAGACAUAUGAUGGGUUCGUUUUAAUUAAGGACAAGCAGUUCUACAGCUCCAUGGACUCACAAUAUGUAUAUACUGAUCAGUCUUCAGCUAGAUUCCAAGUGGGUCCCAUCACACUCAGUGAAAGAUGGAGUUUCAGAUGCUAUGGCUAUCACACAAGCAAGCCUCAAGUGUGGUCCGAAGGGAGUGACAUCUUGGAGCUUUUAGUCACAGGAACCCUCAAGAAACCCAACAUCUGGGCUGAGCCAGGCUCUGUGAUCACCUUAGGGAAUCCUGUGACAAUCUGGUGUGAGGGAACAAUGGAAACCCAAAUAUAUUUCCUGUAUAAAGAAGGAAGCCCAGCAGCCUGGGACAGAUUAACUGCACCAGUGCCUGAUCACAGGGCCAAGUUUUUAAUCCCAACCAUGAGGGCUUAUAAUGCAGGACGAUAUCGCUGUUACUGUUAUAACUCUGCUGGGUGGACACAGCAGAGUGAUGCUGUGGAGCUGGUGGUGACAGAUCUGUGGACACUAAGGGUCACAGUCUUCACAUUUUCCUGUGGGGACCCUGAGAGCUCUGCUGCUGGCAAGGGGAUGGCCCACAUGAUGUAA